CACAGGUCAACAACCAAGCAUGGGUGCCGGACAGUCAACGAACGCACAAGUACCCGCGACUUACGCACUCCAUGUUCUCCGGGUCACGCCUGGCUCACCAGCUUCCCAGACGUCGAUUGAACCCUUUUUUGAUUUCAUUGUCGGAUUCAAUGGCAAGGAUUCUUUCUCGGGAGACACUGACUUAGACACCGCAGAACUAGAGCGAAUCGUUGAGGAGCACGAGGACAAGGUGCUGGAUCUUCUGGUUUGGAGCGGAAAGACACGUGAAACGAGAGUGGUUCCAAUCGUGCCGUCGCGAGGCUGGGCACUCGAACAACAGGCGGCAUUACCACCAGAUGAUUCGGGCGUACAACCACAGCCAUCCCUCCUUGGGCUAAGCAUGCGAAUGUGCGAGUUUGAAUCUGCCACGGACAAUGUAUGGCAUGUGCUAGAAGUGUUGGAAGGAAGUCCAGCAGAAAGUGCUGGCCUUGUCCCCUAUGGAGACUGGAUAAUUGGCUGGUCCGGUGGCGUCCUCACGGCGGAGAAUGAUUUCUACGACGUGGUCGAAGCUCACAUUGACAAACCUUUGCGGGUUUAUGUUUAUUCCUACGACUUUGAUAAUCUCAGGGAGGUGGUUCUUGUGCCCAAUCGCCAUUGGGGCGGCGAGGGACUCCUUGGAUGCGUUUUCGGCUUUGGUUACCUUCACCGUAUUCCAUCGGAACCUGCGGGCCGUAAUGAAGGGCGUAACCUCCCCGGCGUUGAGGAGAGGGGGAGUGGGUCCACUGACCAUAAGGUCGUCGUUCCUGCGGACAUUCCGCGGAGCCCACCAGCGAGAGCAACACGGUCCUCACUCGAUCACCCUCAGCAUCUUGUGGUGGCGCAUCCCCGUCCCACUCGGCCUCACGGAACCACAGGCCAGGGCGCUGGCACGAGACGGUCGACAGUCACGCCGGGGCCAUCUGGAACACCCGUGGGCCGCUCUUCUGUCUCCUUGAAUGGUGAUUCGUCACCUUCAUCAUGAUGUGUUUUCUGCUCCAAACUCAACGAAGAUCUGAUACGUCAAGGUAAUGCCAUACGCAGUCCAAACGCGCAUUCGCUGGACCGUGGGGCAACGUAACCUCGUCAGGACUACGAGUCGCAGUGGUCGCAAAUACAUGCAAACUGUUGAUCAUGGUAGUGGAGAUGAAGACAGUUACGGCAGGGAUGAGGAUGAAGAUGGCACGGCCAGUAUUUCCGGGACAGAAGGAACAGAUUUUGGCAGUCUUACGAGCGUCGAGUAGCUGUUGGAUUAUACCCAUCUCUUGCAAACAUCGUUUUCAUUAUGACUUGGUUGGUCGGGUGAUUGAUCGCCCCCACCUCGUCUCACAUGAACUUGCUC